AUGUCUCGGAGACGUCCGAAUUUCGCGACUCGAACGGCCCAGGAAGAUGUCGCGCGUCUCGAUCCCAAUGAGCAGACUGGGUCAUCUCCUGCUGACAGAGGCCGCUUCCUGCAGUGGCGCCCGAACAUCUGGUCUCGGCCUCAGGAGGUGAACUCGACAGAGAGCUCAGGACACCAGAACCAAGCAGCACCCUCGAACCCGCUCGAAGGCUUAUCCCGACUGUGGCAUAGGAAGAUACACGAUGAACAGGGACUGGAUGACAACCUUGAGGGGGUAGCACCGCACAUGCCUUUGUCGGCUGGACCCCUGCGCGAUGCCAGCGUCGACAAGAAGGACAGGCAUUUACACCGACCUCGGUCGACAGAGGAGUCGAAGAAGCUUGGCACCUUCUCCGGCGUGUUUGUACCUACGACGUUGAAUGUUCUCAGUAUUCUGAUGUUCAUUCGCUUCGGCUUUAUCCUGGGCCAAGGUGGAGUACUGGGCAUUCUAGGACUGCUUGUUAUUUCCUACAUGAUCAACCUGGUGACCACAAUGUCUCUCUCCGCUAUUGCAACUAACGGCACAGUCAGAGGCGGCGGUGCAUACUACCUGAUCUCCCGGUCACUGGGACCCGAGUUUGGAGGAUCUAUCGGGAUAGUGUUCUAUUUGGGCUCUGCAUUUAAUACCGGUAUGAACGCAGUUGGUCUCAUUGACUGUUUCACUCAGAACUUUGGAGUCGCUUCCGGCAGCAUGGCAAAAUUCCUCCUGGAGGGCUUUUGGUGGCAGUACCUGUGGGGUACCAUCAUUCUCGUCCUCUGCACGGCUAUCUGCUUGGCAGGGAGCUCGAUUUUUUCAAGAGCGAGUAAUGGUCUGCUGGUCAUUCUUCUUGUGGCAACGUUUAGUAUACCUUUGUCUGCUCUCUUCAUGAAGCCCUUCUCCUCACCCGAAGAGGGAGUGAUGUUUACGGGCCUUAGUGCGCGCACUUUGAUGGAGAAUCUCAAACCCCAUCUGACAAAAGGCGCCGCGGGAAGUCAGCUGAAGGGGAGAGAGAACUUCCAGGAUCUAUUUGGCAUUCUGUUCCCCGCCACAGGAGGAAUCUUUGCUGGCGCGAGUAUGUCUGGAGAUUUGAAGAAUCCAAGCAAGUCCAUUCCCAAGGGGACCCUGGGAAGUCUUGCUUUAACCUUCAUCACGUAUACAUUGGUCAUCCUGGCUAUGGCGGCUUCUAUCACCCGAGAGUCUUUCUACAACAACGUGAAUGUGAUUCAAGUUGUCAACUUCUCGGAUACUACAAUUCUACUUGGAGAAUUUGCGACCAGUUUCUUCUCCGCGCUCAUGGGAGUGAUUGGAUCUGCGAAACUUCUUCAAGCAAUUGCUCGAGAUAGCUUGCUCCCAGGCUUCAAACUUUUUGGCCAAGGUACAAAGAAGAACGACGAUCCUGUUUACGCCAUUAUUGUAACCUACAUCUUUGCGCAAGUCACAAUGUUGUUCGAUAUUAAUCGAAUCGCAUCUUUCGUGACAAUGAGCUACCUGAUGACCUUUCUGGUGACGAAUUUGGCCUGUUUCUUGUUGAAGAUCGGUUCUGCGCCCAACUUCCGACCCUCUUUCCAUUACUUCAACUGGCAGACUGCUUUAGCGGGGACACUUGUGAGCGGAAUAAGUAUGUUCUUUGUGGAUGGUCUGUAUGCGGCCGGAUGCAUAGGAAUCCUACUCAUGCUGUUCCUGUUGAUUCACUACAGCUCGCCGCCCAAGGCAUGGGGUGAUGUCAGCCAAAGUCUGAUUUACCAUCAGGUUCGCAAAUAUUUACUUCGCUUGCGCCAGGAGCACGUCAAGUUCUGGAGACCGCAGAUUCUGCUCUUCGUGAGCGAUCUGGACCGACAGUAUAAGAUGGUUUCUUUUUGCAACUCACUGAAGAAGGGAGCCCUAUUUGUUCUGGGCCAUGUGCUUGUGACCGACGACUUUUCAGCGGCGGUUCCGGAGGCACGCAGGCAGCAGUCAGCAUGGACAAAAAUUGUUGAAUAUUCCAAGAUCAAGGCAUUUGUUAAUAUUGCCAUUUCACCCUCCGCAGAAUGGGGCAUGCGGAAUAUUGUCCUAAACUCAGGCCUAGGAGGCAUGAGACCCAACAUCGUCAUCCUUGAUCAAUUUCGAGAAGAUCAGUCUCUGGUAGAAACCGUCUCUCUUUCCAGCCAUCGCAGAGAGUCGUCAAAAUCGAGACGUCGGUCUUCCGUUCUUGGCUCAACUGAUGCCCCUGAUGACUCCAACCCUGGAAACAAGGGAAUGACCUGCCAAAGUUACGUCACAAUCCUUGAGGAUCUUCUCUUCAAGCUUCGCAUCAAUGUCGCGGUCGCCAAAGGCUUCGAGGAUCUCGAAAUCCCGGACCCGAAUGGUCGCAACACAAAGAAGUACAUAGAUUUGUGGCCUAUUCAGAUGUCCGCCGAAAUCGGAGCCGACAGUGAGAGCAAGCAAAAUGUACUGACCACCAAUUUCGAUACAUACACUCUUAUUCUUCAGCUCGGCUGUAUUCUAAACACAGUGCCUUCGUGGAAGAAAACCUACCGACUACGAGUCGCCGUGUUUGUCGAAUAUGAGACGGAUGUCGAAGAUGAGAGGCGCCGAGUGGAGGCUCUUCUGGAAAAGUUGCGAAUUGAGGCAGAAGUCCUCGUUUUCUGGCUUGCAUGUGGAGAAUUGAAGGCGUACCGUAUUCUUGUGAACGGCGACACUUCUGAGGAGAUGGAUGAUGCGCAGGAGAGAGUCCAUUCUAUACUCCAAGAGGAAGAAUGGUGGCAGAGUGUCCUCAAGGCUCGUAGCCCUUUGUCCACAUCUCAAGGUCCGGAGCCAGCAGGGGAUGAGCCUCAGCAGCUGGACCGGUCGUCGACCUGGCAAGGCCGUUCUAGCCAAGACAGCGGAAAUCGGCCUUUCCAUCAACGAGUGACUGGUCUCCGGAAAUUGAUUCAAUCUACUAAACGCAGAAAAUCUGUCUCAAGUUUCCGAGCCCUGGGAAGUGUCAGUCUGGGAAUGCAAACCCACCGUUUGCUGGAUGCAUUCGUCGACUACGAUGGUGACAACUCGACGAGCUCGAGCAGUGAAGAAGACAGUGAUCUGGACCCAUACACAAGUGACCCAGAGAUUGAUGGGGAUGACGAAAAUGACAACCCCGAGAAUACUACCAUCAGUGGCACCCACAGUGAGAUCCCUUCUGGUCCAUAUCAGCCAGUUGGGGUCACCGGUGACGACCAGAGCUCCGAGAUGAGUCCAUCAGCACGACCAAAGGCACCAUCGGAACCUUCCACUCCCCAUGGCUCGAUUCCAAGCCAGGCAAUUCCCUCAAUCAUGACCACUAGCGACGAAACAUCUCCAAAGAGCAAAUCACCUAUGCCUCGCCCAAACAUGACCCGCUCCCCCUCCAGCAACCGCUUCAGCUCUUCUCCCAUCCCCGAAGCCAAAGUCAACACCGACGAGGGAGCCGGUCCAUCAAUCAUGUUCGCCGCCAACGCCAGCCCCCCGCGCUUCCAGAACAAGCUCGACUCCAUUUACGCUCGACGCCCAUCCGUAGCCUCCGCCAGCUCCCCCGGUGGCAACGACGGCAACGACGGCAACGACGGCAACAGCGGACACAGCAGCCAAUCAGCCUCCGGCUUCCCCAGCUCUGCGUCCGUCCCGCUAUCAUUCAAUGACCUGCCCAGCCGGGCCCAGCACCUGAUCUUGAAUGAGCUGAUGGUUCAGCAGAGUAGCGAAACGGCUGUUAUCUUCACCACGCUGCCAACCCCAGUAGAGGGAACAUCCCGCCGGGAGGAAGAUAGUGCCUCCUAUUUGAGUGAUCUUGAUGUGCUCUGGCAGGGGUUGCCUCCUUGUUUGCUAGUCCACAGCAACAGUAUGACUGUCACGAUGAACCUGUAA